AUGGAGGACCUUGAGCAAAUGGCUUUAGGUGCUGAUGAGCGUCCGAACCAAGAACAUAUUGAUCGUCUUUGUAUCGCCUGCGACACCAACCAAAUACGGUCAGUGGUCUCAUUACUUAAAACGUUCCCUGAGCUCAUUAAUAUGUCGGAUCGCUACGGAAAUACCGCUUUACAUCAUGUCGCAUGCAAAGGUCACAGGAGCUUAGCCCAGUUUCUGAUGACCAGGAAGGGCGUGAAUCUGGAUCAUGCAAAUGCCGUGGGAAGGACUCCUUUGAUGGAGGCUGCAUUGUGGGGUCAGAUCGACGUGGUGCAGACUUUGAUGAAUCACGGAGCAAAGACGUUGCUAAGCGCAUCAAGAUGCUCACAAAAGCUCACAGCCUACGAUUUUGCCGAAGACACGAUUGCAAAUGAGAAGGAGCGAUAUGAUAGAAGAGCCUUACUAGAGUCCAGUGCACCGCAGCUGGAGCUUCCACGCUACCUAGAAAUGCAGGACCGUCAGACGAUCCGAGAAUUGCUGGCGGGCUGCGGGCUUGAGCGAUCGAAAUUUGAAGCUGCAGACGAAGUUGCGUUUGUCAAAGCCUACGCCAAUGACGAUAACGUGCUGAUGACUUGGUUCCUUGAUGUCGGGACAGGAGUGCCAAUUAGCGAUUGCAGGAAAACAGUCGCGCGGCUUGACCGCGGCAAUUUGCUUCCAGUGACUUACGCUUGCAGUGGACGGACGAGGAGGGAUCGACCUGAGCGUGGAUUCCAUAUUCUAGACGAGAAAGAGAUGGAGGAAGUG